AUGGUUCAAGCCAACCGCCGACCUGGAGCCAAGUCAAAGUCAACCCGGAACAGUCUCCAGGCAGCAAUCCUAUCGAAACUCACUCGAACCAAGCAAACCAAACAACUAGCUAUCACUCCAAGCACAUCAGAGCCUAAUCCCAACUCACAGUCUACCAGCUCCCAGACUGAAACACUCGACCGACCUUCAAUCGACCCUACCCCCGAAGUAUCAUCAUCAUCAUUAUCAUCACAAUCCACAUCACUGGAAGAGAUACCGGCUGAGACGGAUCUCAAACGAAAAAGGUUGGAUCCAGAUAAGAUCGAAAUAACUUCUACCGUGAUCAAAAAUAAAGUUAAACCAUCACGUCAAAAAAUUAAUCAUCCAGAAACAGAAGUAGAACAAGAAGAUGUCGAUCAGCAAGAAAACAAGCAGAAACUAGAACAGUUGAUCCGGAAACACUCCAAGAAGAUCAAAAACGACCCAUCGAAACUGAUCUCAGAGUUUCAUCGGAUCGAGAAACAACUAUCGCAAGCCAAUCUAGAUCCACUCACCCGUCAUAAGUUGAUUCUUGCACAGAAAAAACUUGGCGGUCUAGAAGCCUACCAGACGGCCUCUAAGAUCGGUGGCGCUGUGGAGAAAGGUGGAGAGACUGGAAAAUGGUGUGCUCAAACGUUGAUCGACUUGGACCUCCGUCCAUCCGGUCCACCAGCUACGAUCAACAAAAUCAGCUUGUUAGACGUUGGAGCGAUCGACGGAAAAUCGUAUGCGAAAUACACUGACUGGAUCUCGACCACUUCGAUAGAUAUCAAUCCUAUCGAUGAAUCGCUCGUCGCAAGAUACGAUUUCUUCAAAUUCCCUCUGCCUAAAUCUGAGCUGCAGAAAUUCGAUGUGGUCUGUUUAAGUUUAGUCUUGAAUUUCAUCGGCGACUUGAAGAUGAGAGGAGAGAUGAUCAAGAGAGCUCGAAGAUUCCUCAAACCUGCUGGAAACCUGUUUAUCGUUUUACCGUUAGCGUGUUUGAAUAACUCUCGAUACUUGGACUUCAAGCGAUUCCGGAUGAUCCUGAACUAUUUAGGAUUCAAGGUGCUCAAACAACAUAACUCAUCCAAGCUCACAUACUGGUUUCUCGAAAAAGAGGACCAUCAGUCGAACACGGUCGAUGAAACUCAACCAGAUUUCACGAGCCCAAACCAUUCAAAAUCUGCUUCUUCUCUGAGGUUUCCUAAAGUUGAAAUCAGAUCUGGUCCAUCCAGGAAUAACUUUUGUAUCAAAGUUUGA